CGCAGUUUGUCGGUUAAAACCCGGGACACCCUGUAUAUAAUUAUAUAUAAUAUGCUCAUAGCGUUGCUGCUUAUCGUGAUUAUGCGUGGGUUCAUUGAGAUCUCUUCUUGAAACGUACCAGUCUCGUCAGCUUCCUCACGAAAUGUUUGCGAUAGCGUGGCUUAUCGCUCGCACGCGCGAGCAUUAUCGCCAAUACCUUCCGUUUCUGAUACUGAUUCUGUUUUCAGCUUCAUCGUUCUCACGUGAACGGAGAUAAUCUUAAGCUAACAUGCUUAAGUUAAUAAAAACUAAACCAUAAUUUAGGUCAGCGAUUCAAACGCUCAAGAUAAGCUCGUUUAUACUUUUGCCACAUAAUCGCGCGUCCGAUAAGUUGAAAUUAAAGCUAGAUUGAUAGUAUGCACCAACAGCGUGAGAUCAUAGUCGCCUCCCUCCAUCAUUUGAUGGACGAGUGCUGCAAGUGUUGGGCGGGCUCUAUCAGCGUUAUCGUCGUUGUCUCAGAUUAGGGUCGCGCCUUGAGACGUCACGCGUUCGUCGUGCCGUCGUGAACAGCAUCUUCGAAGUGUCCCUGCGAGCGACAAGGUUCAGGAAACGCCGUGACGAGUUUUGAUGAAUCCGCAUAUCCGAUGGUACGUGAAGAAGGACUUCACGUUCGCCAAACGUUACCGCCAUCAUCACGAACGAGGACAGCAGGGGUGAACUUCGCGCGUCCGUAGCGAAUCGAGGUCAGCGUAAGGGCGAGACAAUGAUGUUCGCCAACGUGGUGCAAGCGAAGCUGGCGUCGAUGGCGCUGAUCGGCGCCGGCAGCUUCAUCGUGGGCGUCGCACCCGCCUGCUUCGUCCCACGUGCUCAGCAUCUGCAACGGAAGUUGUUACUCUCCUGCGCCUUGUGCUUCGGUGCCGGUGUCCUGCUGGCCACCGCGAUACUGCACAUCCUCCCGGAAGUGCGCGAAGGCCUACCGGAUCACGGCGAGCUCGUGUUUUCCUGCGGCUUCCUGCUGCUCUACCUGGUCGACGAGUGCGUGCACUUGUUUUGUCGAGGAGGUGACAGCCACGGGCCCGAGUUAGACCUUCACCAUCCUGGGCGCAGAAUCACGCACGAGCGAGGCUGUUCGGGUUGUCGGAACCACUCCCGUGGUAUCAGUUACAACGCCGCCCUGCAAGAUAGCAAGAUCUACGUGUCCGAGGGCGAUGUGAGAUUACCGCUUAACUAUCGACAGAAUCCUGCUGGUAGCGGCAAUAAUGCAUGCACAAUUAGUAGCUACGGCGCGACACGCCCUGCCGUACGUGAUGGCCGUUCAUCCAACGAGGAUGUCACAUUUUUGUGCCACGGAAACCACGGUGAACAAUGUGCUGACACUAAUACCGGGCUCACCGGUCUCGUCCUCGCUCUCACCGUACACGCCAUCCUUGAGGGGCUCGCGAUAGGGCUGCAAACGAAAAUUGCGGAGGUGAUGCUAUUGACCGGAGCGGUGGCAUCGCACAAGUUCGUCGUCGGCUUUUGCCUGGGAUUGGAAUUGGCGGGUGUCAGCAAAUCCGUUCCCAAAUUAGUAUUUGUGAUAUUUGUGUUCGCCGUUGGAUCUGUGCUUGGAAUCGGCAUCGGAAUGUUAACAUUUCAGGUAGAUACAAAGUGGUCGAAGGUGGCACUGCCAAUUUUGCAAGGCCUCGCGGGCGGAACGUUGCUGUACGUUACCGUGAGCGAGGUUUUGCCGAGGGAAAGGACGAGAUGGCAUAAAAGUUCGCGCAGGUACGCGGGGAUCCUGCAGUUUCUAUCAGUGAUCAGCGGAUAUGUCGCUAUCUUCCUCCUUAAUAAUUAUGUAAGCGAAUGAAUUGAUUCUUAGUGUCUGCAAUGAAUCAACUACAAUUUAUCAAAUGGAUCGCAAAUACCUGAAACUGACUUGCCUCGCUUCGGGCAAUGUCAGCACCGGUGAAGUUAUAUAUAAUAUGUGCCCGAAUGACUGUUGCUGAAUAAUAUCGAAACAUCAUGUUGCCAAGCGUACCGCAUCUAAAUUUUUCCUAAAAUAUUUAUAAAAGCAUUGCGGAAUUUUCGUAACUGUUUCUUAUUGAAAUAUGAUAUAGCGAUAAUAAUGCGAUUUUUCUUACAUUUUAAUAGCUUUAUGCAACAGAAAUAAAUUAUGAUUAAGACUUCGAGCUGCUUUAGUGCAACGGCGAUGACUCUUUUAACUUUUGUAUUCUUAAAAAUAUCGAAAAUGUAUGAAAAAAAAAUAUAUAUAAUUCUAUCUGUGAAAA